AUGAAUAGCAUAAACAUCACCUUUCCCAUUGGAUUAAUGGUCUGUCAAAAUAAAACUAAUAAUUAUCUAAUUGAUGCUCUAUAUAAAAAGAAAUCAAUAGGAAAGAAAAAUGUUUCUAAUAUUGAAUUUGGCAUGGAACUGUUGAGUCACAAAGAAGAGAAUGACUAUAUUAUUGCUAUUAUAAAGAAUUUAAAUAAUAAUGUUGAAGAAGAAAUUCGUUGUCAAUAUUUGGUAGAAUGCGAUAGUGUAUAUUCUGGUGUCAGAAAAGAAAUAAGUCAAACUUUGAAAUCUUCAUGGGCCUUAGCUGACGUAGAAAUUAAACAUAAAUUAGUUAGAUACAACCAAGCAACCGCUUUCUCUCUUGGACCACUUGUGAUUAUACCAUUGGAUGCUAGGAAAAAUACUUAUCAUAUAGUUAUCAAAAUUGCUAACGAAGAGGAUAAACAUGAUACUAACAAUGGUGUUACACAUGGACUCACAAAUAAAAAGCCCAUUACAAUUGAUAAACUGCAGAAAAUAUUUGAUGAAAGAAUUGCUCCAAUUAAAAUGGAACUAAAGAAUCUU